GAGCGAGCGAAAAUGUCCGAGGUGCGGCUGCCCCCAAUUCGGAGGCUGGAUGAUUUUCUCCUGGGCUCCACUCGCUUGGCUGCCCCCGACGUGCGGGACCUGCAGCGCUGGCACAACCGCGUGGUUAACAACCUCCUGUACUACCAGAGCAAUUACCUGCUGCUGCUGGGCGCGGGGCUGCUGCUGGGCGGGUACUUCCAACCCAUGCUGAUUCUGCUAAGCUGCCUACUCCUGUGUCUGCUCUUUGGAGGUUUUGUCUGGGCAGCUGAGAACAAGCCUCCCAUGCGACGCUUCCGGCGGAAUUACCCUGGCCUGUGUUUCUUUGCCGUCCUUGGUGCUGUGUAUUUCCUGGUGUCUCUUUUCGAAGGGUCUGCCACCUUCUUGAUUUUCAUCGCUCUGCCCAUAAUGUUGAGCCUCAUCCAUGCCUCCCUGCGUCUGCGGAACAUUAAAAACAAGAUUGAGAACAAAAUCGAGAACAUUGGACUUAAGCGCACGCCGAUGGGGCUGCUCCUGGAAGCUGUGGGCCAAGAACAAGAGGCUGGAUCCUAGACCAUCAGCAUUGGUUUCCCUUUCCUCUGGAACGGCUCUCUUUCCUUCCAACAGAUGCCUCUGCUGCUUGUUUCUCUGCUUGCCUCCAUCUAGCAACCUGGCCGUUGAGUUCCUGCGGAAGAUACAGUUGCCUCCAGCUUACACCAAACUCAGCAGAACUCCUGGCCUGCCGCUGAGAGGAAAUGGACUGAAAUCAGCCUAACGUUCCAGUUUAAUGUUAAGUAUUCCCCAUCGGCAUCCAUAUUGUUUUGCUUUGGA